CAAGCUUCUACGGUGGCGUCACGGUUGGCUUAACCGCAGCGACGACCGUGCUUGCCAGGUGCUCCGCCAACCUCGACUUCGUGUUCCACAGCAGCGUCGCCGACACCCAAGGGGUGUGAACGACAUCCUCUAUGACGGUCUCACUUGCUCGUGGCGGGAUGGCACUGUCCGUUCUGCUUGCGCUGGUCUCACUAACCUCACCUGCAUACGCAGCUCAGAACCGAUCGACAUUGCGUGGUAGCUUCUCUCCAUAUCAAUACGACUUGUCGCCAUUGGCUGUGGCUAAUACGAGGCCAGAGAAGUGCCCACCGUGCUUCAAUUGUCAAUUGGACGCAUUCGAUUGUGGACAGUUCGGAGAGUGUUCAACAUAUGAUGGACAGUGCAAAUGUCCGCCAGGAUGGGCAGGGAUUGACUGCUUGACACCACAAUGCGACUCUCUGGCGGACGGAGAAUGGAGAAGACAACGAGAACCGGGUCAAAAAUGCGACUGCAAGGAUGGUUGGGGUGGUGCGAACUGUAACGUGUGCAAGACGGAUAGCGCGUGUGUCGGGUUUCCUCUCGCUGGGAAGCCAGUGGAGGACGGAGAGGAGGUCAACAAUAUGACAUGCUACAAGGGCGGUGUAACUGUCUUCGAGAACCACCAAAUAUGCGCAGUGACGAACCGCAAGAUCAUCGAUAUGCUUCCGGAUCGUCCUCCCGAGGUGACGUUCAGUUGCGACAAGCCGGCAGCUACUUGUCAGUUCCAGUUCUGGACUGCGCAGGAGGAAUCGUUCUACUGCGCACUGGACACGUGCUCGUUUGGGAUGGAGGCGGACUAUGACAGCAACACCACUCGCUACGCGUGUGAAAACAUGAAGUGCAAGUGUGUCCCUGGUCGAUUCAUAUGCGGUGAGAACGGCAGUGUCGACAUCUCGGACUUCUUGAAGGACGAAAUCAGGGGCCCUGUUUCUUUCAGCUGCAAGACGGGCCAAGACUGCAAAUUCGAGGAGCCUGCCAUGAACGAACUGAUUGAUACUAUGUUCGGUGAUCGUUACAUCACAUUGCAGUGUGACGGCGGAGAGUGCUUGCACUAUUCCCAGGUGCCCGGCUACGUGCCCCCGCUCAAACCGGAUAGCAGUCGCUUCAUCGCGUUGAGCGCAGCAGGAGCAGGCUUGUUUGUUAUCAUUGCAACAGCAAUCUUCUGGUACGCAGGGAGGACACGUUCAGGUGACUUUGGUCGCAUUCGGUUGCCCGAGAGCGAGACCGCGAGGCUCAUGUCCGAGCAUGUCGCCACGUCCUUGCACUUCUCUGACAUCUCCUACUCGCUCGGAAACCGCACAAUUCUCGACUCCGUCUCUGGCUCGGUCAAGCCUGGUCAGCUCAUGGCAAUCAUGGGCGCCUCGGGCGCGGGCAAGUCGACGUUCCUCGACAUCCUUGCACGGAAGAACAAGCGUGGCGUCGUGAAUGGGCGAACGCUCGUCAAUGGACGGGAAGUUGCAGACGAGGAUUUCAAGAAGAUGAUGGGCUUCGUGGACCAGGAGGACACGCUGAUGAGCACGCUGACUGUGUAUGAGACCGUGCUGUACUCUGCGCUGCUGAGGCUGCCGCGCGAGAUGAGUCUAGAGGCGAAGAAGUUCAGGACGCUGGAAACGAUGCAUGAAUUGGGAAUCCUCGGCAUAAAGGAUGCACGCAUUGGCGACUCUGGCCGCAGAUCCAUCUCCGGAGGUGAGAAGCGCCGCGUUUCAAUAGCUUGCGAACUCGUCACCAGCCCUUCGAUUCUAUUCCUGGACGAGCCGACGAGCGGUCUGGAUGCCUUCAAUGCACUGAGCGUCAUCUCCAGCUUGGUCACACUCGCGAAGGACUACAACCGCACCGUGCUGUUCACGAUCCAUCAACCGCGCAGUAACAUCGUCUCCCUCUUCGAUCAGUUGCUUGUUCUCGCGCAAGGCAAGCUGAUCUACUCUGGCGAUGCGGACAAAUGCGGGGAGUACCUGGCUGCAAUUGGACACCCAUGCCCACCGGGUUUCAACAUUGCUGACUUCUUGAUCGAUUUGACAAUGCAUGCGGGUAUUGAGCCUCGCUCCUUGGAAAGUCCGCCGACAGAGCUGUCCACUUCGGACGCAACCAACGUCAAUGACGAAGAGCGGGCGUUCAACGGUGGCUCCUCCUCGGGACAUUCCAAGACAUCAAGUUCAACGGAAGAGACAGAGCUGCAGCCCCGCGCGAGCUCCGUCGCAGGUUCAGCCUCCGGCUACGUGCGAAAGAAGACGUCGCAGCUACUGCAAGCGAUCACGCCCAACUCGUUGCCCGGCGAGGGACCGUUGGCCCCUCGUUUGCAGGCGUUGGUGGAUGCGUUUGCAAAUAGCGACAUCGCGGCAUCGCUGAAGGAAGAGAUUGCUGAGGUAUCGACGAACACGAAUGCGCCUCAGAGUGGCUCGAGCCAACUGCCUGAUGCGGCGUUCGAGACGAUGAUUACCAGGGGACGUAAGCGGGCAAGUUGGGGCACGCAGUUCCGCAUCCUGAGCGGGAGGGCAUUCAAGAACUUGUACCGAGACCCUGCUCUCCUUGCUGCCCACUACAUUGCCGCUGUUCUGGUCGCACUCAUGGGUGGAUUCUUCUUCCACAAUCUCUCGAACGACAUCGCAGGCUUCCAAAACCGACUUGGAUUUUUCUUCUUCACUCUCGCGCUCUUCGGCUUCUCUUGCUUGUCGAGCUUGAGUCUGUUCGCGAAUGAGAGGAUUCUAUUCAUGCGGGAACGUGCGAAUGGUUACUAUUCGCCGCUGACCUACUUCGCAUCCAAGGUUCUGUUCGACAUCCUACCAUUGCGUAUUGUCCCGCCGCUCGUGUACGGUGGCAUUGUCUACGGUCUCAUCGGUCUUGUGCCUGAAGUCGCAAUAUUCUGGAAGUUCAUCCUAGUGCUCGUGCUCUUCAACUUGACUACAGCUAGCGUGAUCCUCCUGUUGUCGAUCGCGUUCGCAAGCACCAGCGUGGCGAGCCUUGUUGGGACCUUGAUCAUGCUCUUCAACCUGUUGUUUGCUGGAUUGCUUAUCAACCGACAGACCCUUGGAAAGAAGUGGGAAUGGCUCAAUGUCAUGUCGUUCUUCCAUGCAGCUUACGAAGCUUUGGCCGUGAACGAGCUAAGGUACUUGCAACUAAGAGAGACCAAGUAUGGUGUGGACAUCGAUGUGCCAGCUGCGGCAAUUCUCUCGACCUUCGGACUGCAAUCACAGUCCUUCUGGUGGCCGGAUAUUGCCCUUCUCGGCAUUUUCUUUGGCUCGUUCACCAUCAUCAGCUACCUAAUCCUUCACUUCUACGUCAAGGAGAAGCGGUAGCAAAACAACGUUCGCGUCAUGUUGUGUGGCAUAGCGGAUGCGAUUGUCGAGACUCGAAUACGAGCUGUCCUAUGCAUAGUGACUGUAAUGGCUGUAUCAUUGUAAUAUUAUUGGCAUCUCGCAUCUCCCUCUCA